AUGUCUGACUCUGAUUCACCGCGCACGAACGGAAGCCCACGCCCAUCUGGUGCUAAGCCUCCUGGUACUCAGAUUCGUCGACGUGCUGCUGGUUCACAGGUCGCGAAACCCAACUCGUCGCGGGCAGCUGGUGCUGGCGGCUCCUCGAAUACGAUGCUGAAGCUUUACACCGACGACUCACCUGGAUUGAGAGUUGACCCUUUCAUUGUCCUCGUCCUGUCUCUCUCGUUCAUCGGCUCAAUUUUCUUCCUUCACAUCUCCGCCAAGGUCAUACGAUCAUUCUCAAAGUAA